CUCAGCAAUCACUAUAAAAAGAGUAGAUUAAAAAUCAAGGUUAAUGUACCUCCAACCGCUGACCUUUGUAGUCCAGAAAAGGGGGCCGCGGAUGAGAAACCGUGUUCUCUUUUAGACGCGCCUCAAACUACGCCUGGCACAGCUGAACGCUAGCCCGAUUAACCCAAGAUACCACAUCUCCUCAUUGCCGUACUCGCUCACUCAUAACUUCUAUCUUUUCGUUCCCCUCCACAAUCCCAAUCCACCUUCUUUUAUUUUCGACACUGCAAGAGGACCCCCCAUUACCUCAAAAAGUACAGUCGAUAUGCGCACCUUCUCAACUUUGGCCCUUGGCCUUGUCAGCGCAGCUGUUGCUUCAGCUUCAGAUGUGUCUUCUUUGACAAAGGAUACCUUCCCGGACUUUGUCAAGGACAAUGAUCUGGUCCUUGCAGAAUGUGGUCACUGUAAAGCUCUUGCACCAGAAUACGAAGAGGCCGCGACUCAAUUGAAGGAAAAGAACAUCAAGCUUGCCAAGGUUGAUUGCACAGAAGAGGCGGACCUCUGCCAAAGCUAUGGUGUUGAGGGAUACCCGACUUUGAAGGUCUUCCGCGGUGCCGAGAACGUUACCCCAUACUCUGGCGCAAGAAAAGCACCUGCGAUUGUCUCAUACAUGACCAAGCAAUCGCUCCCUGCCGUUUCGAUCUUGACCAAGGACACACUGGAGGACUUCAAGACCGCUGACAAGGUUGUUCUGGUUGCAUACGUCGAUGCUGAGGACAAGACAUCGAAUGCUACAUUCACUGCUGUUGCUGAGAAGCUUCGUGAUAACUACCUCUUUGGUGCCAGCAAUGACGCUGCUUUGGCUAAGGCUGAGGGGGUUACUGCUCCAGCUAUCGUUCUCUACAAGUCCUUCGAUGAGGGCAAGACCAUCUUUGCCGAAUCAUUUGACGCUGAGGCCAUUGAGAAGUUCGCUAGCACCGCCUCCAUUCCCUUAAUUGGCGAAGUUGGCCCAGAGACAUACGCCGGCUACAUGGCUACUGGUAUUCCAUUGGCCUAUAUCUUCGCCGAGACCCCAGAGGAGAGAGAGACUCUCUCAACCGCGCUUAGAUCGGUCGCUGAGGAGCACAGAGGCAAGGUCAGCUUUGCUACUAUUGAUGCAAAGGCAUUUGGCGCACACGCAGGCAACUUGAACCUCAAGGCCGACCAAUUCCCUGCUUUCGCCAUCCAAGAUACCGUCAACAACAAGAAGUAUCCUUACGACCAGGAUGCCGAGAUCACUGCUGAAACCAUUGGUAAAUUUGUGUCUGAGUUUGUCAGUGGCAAUGUUGAGCCAAGCAUCAAGUCCGAGCCUAUUCCCGAGAAGCAAGAGGGUCCAGUCCAAAUCGUAGUUGCCAAGAAUUACAAUGACAUUGUUCUCGAGGAGGACAAGGAUGUUCUGAUCGAAUUCUAUGCCCCAUGGUGCGGUCACUGCAAGGCUCUCGCUCCCAAGUACGACAUCCUCGCUAAGCUCUAUGUCGAUGCCGGUUACACCGACAAAGUCACUAUUGCCAAGGUCGAUGCUACCAUGAACGACGUUCCUGAUGAGAUCCAAGGAUUCCCCACCAUCAAGCUCUACAAGGCCAACGACAAGAAGAACCCCGUUACGUACAGCGGUAGCCGUAGCAUUGAGGAUCUUAUCAAGUUCGUCAAGGAGAAUGGCUCAUACGGCGUUGAAAUUACAUACGAGGAGGAGACUGCUGAAGCACAGAAGCCAAUUGUCGAAUCAAUGGCUGAGCAAGCUGCAGCUGCAACCGAGUCCGUUAAGAGUGCUGCUGAGGAGGUUAAGGAGACUGUGAAGAGCAAGGCUAGCGAGGCUACCGAGGCCGCAAAGACACCUGCUGCGGAGGAUCAUGACGAGUUGUAGGCAAGCCGCUGGAUUGGAACAUUUCCCUUUAACCUGUAUCAACUCCUACAAAUGAGGACGGGCGAAACAGUUGGGCUUUUAUGGAUGAUGGGAUCUUGGCCG